AUGUCUGGCAAAGUGCCCCCCACUACCAACCCGACCGCUCGUGAGAAAUUUGCUAUACCGCACGGCGUGUCUCCUGAAAUUUGGCAAGUUCUUGACAAACAAUGGGAGGGCAAUGUAGCUGCGGACUUGCGCAAGCUGAACUUUGUACGAAACAUAACUGAGAAAUAUACACAUUUCGGUGAUUAUCCGGCUGAUUUCUGCUGGCGAGUAAACGAAGGAAAGAGCGACUUGAUCAACAAUAUAGACCUUGAACUUGCUGAAGUUCGAUACGGUCAAAUUCAAGGUAUCGCGUCAUCAAAGCCUUCCCUCUGGCUGAUACUAAAACACAAGGGAAACGAAUACAAAAUAGGCCACUCCAGCAAGUGGUCUAUCUUUACAGCCUAUAUCCAGAUAUUGAAAAGUGAUCUAUCUCUUGAGGACAUCAUAUCAAAGGAUGUUCCUGUUCACGUUGUCCGAACUACUCAGCAUGAGUCAGAUACUUACUUACUACUUGCAAUGCAUGCUGAGAUAGACGAAUGGGGUUCCAUCCAAAGCAUGUGUGAAGGGAGACUUCAAGAGGGCGACUUAUUGGUUGUUCACUUGAUAGAUAGCCAUCCUGCAGGGCAACAUAGGAGUGCCAUUUGGAAGGUGGCAGACGACUGA